AUGGCUAGCGAGAAGCAAGGUGUUCCAUUACAUUCGGAUGCUCCACAUCCGUAUGCACCGAAUCCUCCAUAUCCACAGCCGGCUCAGUACGAGACGACCGUCAUAAUAACAGCGCCGACGUUGGGCCCUGGUCCUACGAACGUUCAGUGUCCUCACUGUACCUCGAUGGUGCUUACGGAGACGAUUCCUACCGCCGGUACGCUUUCAUGGCUGAUCUGCAUUCUGUGUUUGAUCUUUGGACUUUGGUUUGGUUGUUGCCUGAUUCCGUUUUGUGUACCUGCUUUGCAAGACGUAGAACACCGAUGCCCAAACUGCAAGGUUAUCAUCGGUUUCUAUCGCCGUAUUUAA